GUCUGCUGCGUCAGUGUGAGCCAGUCUUUUACAGAGAGAGGUCGUGUCCAAUGUCGCUCUGAAACUCCAUUCGAAAACGAGGCACACCAUUGCAACAACACACAUCAUUUUUUCACCCAUCCAAAACUGUUUGACAUUCGUCGAUAGGAUUUUUUUGAAAUUGACAAAAAUCCUGAUCGAAACUGAACUGACGCCAUUUUGGCACCUCACGUGGAUUUCUCUCGAUUGCACCUGUGCAUCAUUUAUUUUACUGCACCACCAAAGUGAUUUUGUGUGUCUUGUGAGUGAGUGUAAUAGUAGAGAGAGUUUGGUGUGUGUGUGUGUGUCUGUGUUGCUGGGUCAGCCCAGGGCCUGCGUCGAUCAUCCGCCGCAGCCAAAACAGAAUAAAACAUAGACACACUCCUGAUUAGCAUAUGAUUUGACGGUGAAAAGCAGGACCUCCCAGGAGAGAGAAAUAACAUUGAUAAAAAAGAGACAAAACAACACACACGGAUUGGAUGUUUGUUUCUCUCCAUUUUGAAAAAAAAAAAGACUUGUGUGUUUCGCGUGCAGCAGUGUGUUUCCAUCUGACCAAUGUGUUUGUGAUUAGCCAACGACCAUCUCAAUCGUGAAACUGGAUUAAAACUGUGAGCCGGAUUAUCCUUUUUCUAUCAACAUCUUUCUUUGCACACACCACGUGUCUGUGUGUGGUUGGCGAGAAAUACUUUUUUUUCCACCCCCCGGAAUCGUGAAUUCAAAUUCACGAAAUUCAACUUGAAAUCAUGGAUUGGGAGUCGCCGAGGAUCGGAAGACUCCACCUGUCCUCCUACCUGCUGUUGGCCCUUGUUUUCUUUAUUCUACCGACAUGCGACGGACAACAACAGCAGCAAUACUUUACCGAACGGCCGCAGAACACCAGCGUCCGCGAGGGCCAGAUGGCCGUUCUCCGCUGCCGAGUUGGUAACCAGCAAGGGCGCGCUCAGUGGACCAAAGAUGGAUUCGCUCUCGGAUUUGAACGGACAAUCCCGUCCUUUCCUCGCUACACGAUCAUGGGCAGCGAGGAACAGGGCGAACACAACAUUCGCAUCGAGAACGCGACGCUGGACGACGACGCUGAGUAUCAGUGCCAGGUGGGACCGAGGGGACUGUCUAAACCCAUCCGGGCCGACGCUCAGCUCACCGUACUCAUUCCCCCGACAAGCGUGGAAAUUGUCGACCAUACGACUGGAUCACCGAUCAUGUCUCGCGAGGGAGAGGAAUUGUUGCUCCAGUGUUUGGUACGCAACGCCAAACCGGCCGCCGAGAUCGUUUGGUUCAAGCGUAACGUUGAAAUUAAAUCCGAUCGGAUAGAGAACAUUACCACCGAUGCUGAAAUGCCUCGUCGCUUCGACACCCGAUCCAAGUUGACAAUUCGAGCACAGCCAAAUGAUAAUGACGCCGACUACACUUGUGAAGCCCGUCAUCCGGCCCUGAUUGCACCUAAACGUGCCAGUGUAGCCCUCAACAUUCAAUAUCCACCCGGUCCGCCUGAGAUUAUCGGAUACACGGAAGGUGAAACUGUUCGUAUGGGCCAGGAAGUGAAACUGGAGUGCAUCUCACGCGGAGGCAAUCCUCUGGCGGAAAUCGUCUGGUACAAGAACGAAAAGAAGAUCGAUCACAAUUACGAAACGAAUGCUCGUGAAUCUCGAAACGUCUACGUUUUUCGGGCCGAUGCCAGCGACAAUAACGCUCGAUUCCGCUGCGAGGCUAAAAAUCUGCUUAGCCCAACCCCAAUGAAAGCCGAGAUCACGCUCACCGUACACUUCGGGCCGAAAACUGUGACGGUAACGGGUCCGAGUGAGGCCAAAGUGAACGACACUGUGUCGUUGGAAUGCUCGACGACCAACAGCAAUCCGGUGGCUCGAAUUACGUGGGUGUUGGACGGACGGGAAGUGCGCGAAAAUGGGUCGCGCAUUGCCACUUCGCCCGACGGUGGAUGGGUCUCGUCAUCCAAUUUGACGUACACCAUCCGGGCGACGGGACGAAACGUGACCGUCUCUUGCCACGCCAUCGUCGCCGAUUUGGCUCAGCGUGUCGCCGAGACGAAAAUCAUCAGCGUCGUCUAUCCGCCUGAAGCGCCCAGCAUCACUGGUAUGCGAGACCGGACCAUUCGAGACAACACUUUCUACCAACUCAAUUGUAUGUCGAUGGGUGGCAAUCCUCCUGCCACGCUCAAGUGGUUUCUAUCGGGUAGCCGAAAAGAGAUCAAAGCCAACUACACGAGUCACGGCAGUGUUGCACAGUCACUGCUGGAAAUGCAGGCCAAACGGGAGGACAACGGCAAGGAACUGCGUUGCGAGGCCACCAAUCCGGCUCUCGAGGGAAAUUUGGUUGAUUCUACCACUAUCAGAAUUGAGUUUGCCCCGAAACAUCUGACGGUAAAAGUCCGACCGGAGAAACUCCGUCCCGGUCAAACGGUCACAAUCACUUGCGAAUCGGACAGCAGCAAUCCUGUUUCGCGUUUGGCUUGGCUUCGUGGAAACGGCCAAGUUAUCCAACCAGCUGGAAAUAGUACCGUACCCGGCGCCUAUUCCGGCAUUGUUAGCAAAUCGACACUCCUCAUGGAAGUGACACCUGAACUGCACGGCGUGGUCAUCACCUGUCAGGCCACCAACGGUAUAGGCCCUCAAAUCCACGACGCAAUCACAUUGGAAGUCUUAUACAAGCCGCAGUUCUUGCACCCAACCGACUAUAGCGUGGACGUAAUCGAAGGCGAGCCGGCCAUCGUUAACGUGACGGCGCGAGCCAAUCCUUCUGAAGUGUCUUACAAAUGGUUCCGUGACGGCACCGCCAUCAAACAGCUGAAGGAAGCCAAUGCCUACGAUCGUGUAACAUUUGACGGGUCCCUACUCAACCUGACGACAGUGCGCAGGGACGACAAGGGCGAAUAUAAAUGCGAAGCCACUAACUCCGAAGGUGCCCGAAGCCACAUCGUCCGGCUUAACGUCCAAUAUCCCGCUUCAAUCGUUCAAACCAGAUCUACUGUGAUGGUCAACGAAGGCAGUGACGCUGAACUUGAGUGCCGUGCAGCUGGCAAUCCGCUGACGAUGGCGACAGUUUCUUGGCGUCGGGCUGGAUUCGAUAUGGAGGGACGAACAACCCAGACGCUGGGAGUCGGCGUCGCCUACCUGACCGUCAAGGAGAUAACUCGCAACGACACUGGAGCGUUCGAGUGCGUUGCCAAUAACGGCAUUGGCGAGGAAUCGAUCGAAAAGACCUGGCUCAUAGUCAAAUAUAAGCCGGUGAUGGACGACUCUCCACAGUUGAUGAAAGCAGCCGGAGACGAAGGACAGCUGGCCAAGUUGGUAUGCCGGGCUCAAGGAGCGCCCAACAUCAGUUUCGGGUGGUCACGAGAGGGAACGCCUUUGACUCCUAGCGACAAGUACUCGUUCAGCACUCGCCAAAUCGACAUCGUGACUUGGGAAUCGACCCUAGAAGUCGGCAAUGUCCGCUCACGUGAUUACGGCCUUUAUGAUUGCGUUGCCCGCAACGAAAUGGGAACCAACACGGCCAAGGUGAUUUUAUCGGGCACCAGCCGCCCUGAUCCACCAUUGGCCCUGCACGUUGUCAACGUCACUCACGACUCCGCUCACUUGAUUUGGCGUUCCGGCUUCGACGGAGGACUCUUUCAAUCCUACCGCUUACGAUACCGUCAGAUCGGCAACGAGUUUUAUAAAUACGCCGAUGUCUACCCGACCAACACGACCGCUUUCACGCUGGGCGGACUGGCGCUGGGCACUGAAUAUCUCUUCGGGAUAAUGGCAUUCAACAACCUAGGCGAGAGCAACUAUACGCAGGAUAUCGUCAAGGCCAGGACUUCAAGCGAAACUCCGCCUACGGGUCAGAAACCGCGCGACCUGGAGGUCCGUCCGGGCGACAUGCCCAAAGUUUUGAUUAUUGUCAUCACCAUUGUCGGAACGGCACUGCUAGUCCUCAACGUGGCUCUCAUCGCUUGUUUUGUCCGGCGAAGGCAUCGUAAACGCCUAGCUAAAGCCAUGUCUAGCGAAGGCGGUAGCAGCAAAUCGGCCACUAUUGAAAUGUACGCCCCGAGCAGCUACAACGAAACGGUCAACGGAGAAACCCUCAGCUCCAUCUCGGAGAAGAGCGAAUCGUACAGCCAGAACGGAAGCCACAGCGAUUAUGCCCCGGAAGACGCGUCGAAAGUAGCUGUGAGUACUUAUCUGAUUGACCAAGCCGACGGUCAAGUGGCUUACGGAUCCUACCGAGUGGCAGCCAGUAAUUCUACUCAGACCGGCACUGGACACGGAACACUGUCACGUCCUCCCAAGUCUGUCAAUUUCGACAUGGGCGAGGACAACUACAUUGACACUCUUCGUCGCAACGCCUACAGUCAAGGCAACGAAGCUAUGUAUGGUAAAUCUCGGAUGGUGACGCCCAUUUCGCCUCAUUCGGAUGCGUACUACGGUGUCAAUGCCAAUUCACCAGUCAACUACCCACCGGCACCGCAUCCAUCUUUCCACACCACAGGCACGAAUCAUCGCUACAACCCACUGAGUGAUUCAACUGGGAAUCACGCCGCACACAGUCCCUACACGCCCAUGGGCACGCUGAAUAUUCCGGCGGCCAACGGUGUCUACGGUCCGUCUCCGUCGUCUUCGGGACGGGCAUCCGCCCUACCAGUUAACCUACCCCUACCGCUUCCCAUGUCGAUGCAAGGUCAUGGACAAUUUUCAUCCUUUAAUCCAUCGGAAGGUCCGUCUCCAAUAAUGGAAGCUACGGCUCAAUUCUCCGGCCCAUCUCUCGCCACGGUGCGGUCUCUCGAAACCGAGGGCCAUCUUGUUUAAAUGACUUUUCUUCUUUUCUGAAGACGCGUAACGAUCCAUCUGCCCCACCCACCUACCAUUACCGAAACAACCAACUUGUUCCCGAAGUCGAUUGGCCUCAUCUUUUGCUUCCUUUGAAGCAAGAACUAAAACAAAACAAAAACGCAACGAAAUCUAUUUUUCGUUUUUGAUUCGAUUCUCCCCCUCUCUCUCUUCAGUUUGACGAAAUUCAAACGGACCACUUUUUUUAAAUGAUGACAUUUGUCAUACCUACCCCAGAAAAAAAGAAACCUAGACAUUUGUAAAUUGUAGGUGACGUCUUAUUUGGCUUGUUGUUCAACGAUCUCAAAAGUUGUUGGCACCAUUGUGCGGCAAAAAAAAAAAAAUCCAUCGUUAUUGAAGAUUUCAGUUGGGGCUGUAUGCGCGCAAGUCCGGCUCAUUUCCGGAAAAGCAAGUUGUAGCGAGUAUAUAUAAUAUACAUACAUAUAUAUGAAUAUAGAAAGAAUGGGAGAACAAAAAAAAAAGGAGUUUUGUAAUUGUGCCUUACAUCGGCAGCGAGGGUCACCCAGUACGCGUUGGACACCUUCAUCCCACCCCACCUCUUAUUCCGCGUACCCUCGUAUUUGAUGAUGUGUGUACAUUUUGAAUUGUUUAUGGUGCGUAUACAAUUGUAGUACUUCUAGACAGGCGCCGAAAAAAAAAAUGUUUGAUGUCCUCACGGACACAACUGCAAAUUCGUCGGUUGUCUGUUCCGCUCCCCUCCCCUCGGACGCAGUUUUCCAAUAAUGUCGUUCACCCUGCGAUUCUUCUUUUAACCAAGAAAACAAGAAACAAUUUUCCGUAUACCUUUUGAAGAUUGUUCUCGUUUUUCUUUCUCUCUUUGAGUUGGAAUUAUCAGUUUUAUUUUGUCCUUUCUUGCUACACUAUUAGGUUGAAGCAAAUCGAAUAAUAUCAGAGGGGGGAUACGGGAGGGUCUAGUCAGGUGGCGGUUAUCAUCGUACGUUUAACCAAAGAGGAAACAGUUACAUGACUCAUUGUGUAGACAUUUUUUUUUUCAUUUUUUUUUUCUCAUUCCAAACAUUUUUGUAGCCAUCCACUCUUUAGUUUCAGCCCCAUUUAAAAAAAAGGAGUGUCUUUAAUACUCUUAUCUAUCAUUUCUUUAUUUUCUUGCUUUCCGAAAUUCAUUUUUGAUACGCGAAGGGAAAUCCAGACAUGAUAACUAUACCGCCAUCUGCGCCGCUGAUUUGCAUUGAUACAAUCAUCCUCAUAUGUUGGUGUUGUAAAUAACGUUCAUAACCUGAUUCUGCGCUUAAUGAUAAGCGCAAUAUCUUGUUCCCUUAAGAGAAAUACUGUCUAUGUUUCCUUGCCCCCCACCCCCCAUUAAAUAUCAUCCAAGUAAAAGUGUCAUCGCCCUUUUUACGAUAAAACCAUGUCCACGUGUGUGUAUGUAUGUGUGUGUAAUUUGUGGAUGUUUGUUAAAACAACAACAAAAAAGAAACCUUCGAUUCGAUUGUUCAUCGUUCACUAUUCUCUGUGCCUUUUUUUUAGUUUUUGUUUUUGUUUUCCUGCUAUUACGAGCAUCUUGUCGGGCUUGCAGUGGUCAAUCAAUAAACUGCAUAUUACCUAAA